GGUGACGGCGUCCCGGUAGUUGGAGAUCGUCCCAAUCCGCAUUCUUUCCGCCGAAUCCGACAGAUUCUUUUCUUUUUGACGGACCAAACUUGGGCGCAUAACACAUCGUGCGCAUCUGCAAAUAGAUUGAGUUGUUCUGCUAUCUUGCGCUGGACACAUUACCUGGAGUGAACUCGGAUGCCAUUGGAGGAGCUCUAGAAGCUCGAAAGAGGGAGAGAGGGCCAUGGGGGAUCUCUAUGAGUGGCUCAUCUCCUUCUUCUUUCUCAUUGCUUUACUCAUCCUCAUCGUUUACCAGCUCAUGUCCCUGGCUGAUUUGGAAUUUGACUAUAUCAACCCCUACGACUCUUCAAUCCGGAUAAAUAGAGUGAUUUUGCCGGAGUACAUUACACAAGGAGUCUUGUGUGUCUUUUUCCUUCUAAUGGGGCAUUGGUUUAUGUCGCUGUUGUGCGUUCCAUACCUCUAUUACAAUGUGAGACUUUAUUCGCGGAAGCAGCACCUCAUAGAUGUGACUGAGAUAUUCAACUUGCUCGAUAAAGAGAAGAAGCAACGGCUAUUCAAACUCUUUUAUCUCGUCUUCCUGCUGUUUCUUUGCAUAUUUUGGAUGAUCCUAACAGCAUUAGAAGAUCAUGAUGAUGAGUAAAGGGGACACAAUUGGUUCAACGGCCUAAAUUAUUUGCCUGGUGCAUAAGAGUAGCUACUAAUAAAUUGCUAUCCUUUUCCACCAAAUGUUCCUUUGUAAUUUGAUGUUAGCUUGUGGGAAUUAGUUGUGAAUUUGUAAGUCCAUUUUCUAAGGUGUGAAAAUUUGUGGCAUUUUGCAAGCUUUUUGUCAUAAAUGCAGAUGCUACUAGGGAGCUUCUGGAUUGUGUGUUCCUUGGCUUUGGCAAGUUCCAUGAUCAUAUAAUAUUGUGGUGAUAAUUUUGUUAAGUUAAAUU